AUGGCGCCCAAGAGAACGACCACGAAACCAGCCUCCGAAGUCGAAGAAGCGCACGGCUAUGAGUUUGGAGGACCGUAUGUGAAGCCGAACCACUUGCUUGAGUCGCGAACUUGAACUUACAAUCGCUGUAGCAUUGGAGCUUUCUUGAUUUCCUUUGGUCUUCCCAUCGGCUGCUAUGCCUUCGCUUUCCUCUGCAACGACAAGUCUGGAUGUCCACCGCCCUCAUUACUCAGCCCUUCGAAGCUCUUCACGCCUUCCACGCUUUCGAAUCAGGCACCAUGGCAGCAUGCGCUCAGUACGCUGGCAGAAGAGGUGGGCUGGCCGGGAUGGAGCGGUUUGAUCAAUGUUGAAGCUGUAUUGGGAACUGUAGGCUGGUACAUUCUGAGCUUGCUGCUCUACUAUAUCCUCCCAGCGCAAGAGAUCGAGGGAACAGAGCUGCGUACUGGAGGAAGACUGAAGUACAGAUUCAAUGGUACAGGCGAUUUACAAUCCGCUUCUGCAAAGUGGAUUCUUGCUAACUAUGCCUAGCUUUCUUCUCCGCUGCAACCAUUCUGGUCACUUGUGCAGCUGGCAGCUGGGUUCGAGGUCCUGAUUUCGCGGUCUGGACUUUCAUCAACCGCAACUACAUUCAGCUCCUCACAUGCAACAUCAUCAUCUCUUAUGCACUCGCGACGUACGUCUACGUCAAGUCUUUCGGGGUGAAGCCAAACAACAAGGAGAAACGCGAGCUUGCUGCUGGUGGAGUGACCGGUAACCUCGUCUACGACUGGUUUAUUGGCCGUGAGCUGAACCCUCGCGUGACCCUGCCCUACCUUGGCGAGAUCGACAUCAAGAGCUUCAUGGAGUUGCGUCCUGGUAUGCUUGGCUGGAUCAUGCUCAAUUUGGCCUUCAUGGCAAAGCAAUACAAGAGCUACGGGUAUAUCACGGAUUCCAUGCGUAAGUUCCACACAUUACCAGUCGUCAGUACGCAACGCUGAUGUUUUACAGUCAUCGUCACUGUUACCCAGGCGGUCUACGUUCUCGACGCACUAUGGAUGGAACCCGCCAUCCUCACCACCAUGGAUAUCACAACUGACGGUUUCGGCUUCAUGCUCGCAUUCGGCGAUCUCGCCUGGCUCCCGUUCAUCUACUCCAUUCAAGCCCGCUACCUCAGCGUCCACCCAAUUAUUCUCGGCCCACUCUACGUCCUUGCUAUCCUCGGAGUCUACUUUGGAGGUUAUUACAUUUUCCGCGCUAGUAACAACGAAAAGAACCGGUUCCGCACCGAUCCCAACGACCCGAAAGUUGCCCAUCUCGAGUACAUCCAGACCUCGACUGGCUCACGACUGCUCACCACUGGCUGGUGGGGAACCGCACGUCAUAUCAACUAUCUCGGCGACUGGGUCAUGUCUUGGGCGUACUGCCUGCCGACUCUUGCAGCCGGUUACAAGCUUGUGCCGACUGUACUUUUUGAGGGCACAAGGCUGGUUUCGACGGACGGCAUGACAGGUGCUGCCAUUCCCAUCACAUACUUCUACAUGCUAUACUUUGCCAUUCUCCUCAUUCACCGCGAAAUGCGUGAUGAGGAGAAAUGCAGGCGCAAGUAUGGAGAAGAUUGGGAGAAGUAUUGCGCGCAGGUGAAAUGGAGGAUCUUGCCUGGUGUUUACUAA